CCCCUGUAUACCUUUGCCCUUCAACCUUCCCUGCCUUCCCCAUUCCUGCCCUUAUAGGGGAAGGCAGUCCAAUGCCUCACGAUGUCUAUGGCCUACUCAGACGGCUUCCUUAUGCUGCGAUCGGUGGAGAAUAGUCGCAAACACUUUGCACUGUUGCAUUGGAAAAGGUGGAAAUGGAGUUGGUUUCUGCGUGCCUUAGUCUGUCUAACUGUGCUUCUCCUUUUCAUCCAGGUGGUACCUGCUAUGGCUGAGGGAGACGGCCUCAUUUCGGUGGAUUAUGAAGUGUCUGGGAAAGUCCAAGGGGUGUUUUUUCGCAAACACACACAGGCGCAAGGAAAAAAGUUAGGUGUGGUUGGCUGGGUCCAGAAUACAGACUAUGGCACUGUGCAAGGACAGAUCCAAGGCCCUGCUUUCAAAGUACAGCAGCUUAAAGAAUGGCUUCGGAAGACGGGAAGUCCCAAGUCCCACAUCGAAAAAGCAGAUUUUCGCAAUGAGAAGAAGAUAACCAAAUUAGAAUAUAGUGACUUUUGCAUUGUGAAAUAAGAGAAGAUCAUUAAAUAUAGGAGAAAAGAUGGAAGUCCUUCCAAAAAGCUGUCCUUUCACUUACUCUUACUUUUAGCAGUCCCAGUCAGAGAUUCCUUCAGUUUUAGGUACUAUGUAUUUCUGCCAUAUUGUUGUUAAAUUGAUUCUGCUGAGAUAAAGACAAAUUUGCUGACUUAAAGAUCUAAUAAGAUAAUAUAUUGUAUAUAUAAUUAUUAUAUUUGGUGUUAAUAUUAGGUAUUAAUAAAGACGUUGCUAAGAUAUAUUUGUCCCCAGCAUACAAGCAAAAAUAAAUCUGAAGCACUGUUGGAAGGGCAUAAGAGGGCUGGGAUUUAUUCCCAUUCCAUCUGAAUUAUGGUAGUUUCUGUUGUAGACUAUUCUGUAUCUGUAUUAAUAUGUUUGUUAUUUUGUUUUUAGUUAUUUCAGCCACUUCAGGUUCUGUGUGAGUGAGAAGUAUGGCUUAUAAAUAAAUGGAGAGAGGAAAUGG